UAGUCCUGUAACCUCCAACAUGGCGGCGAGGGGCCAUGUGCAAGAUCCUAACGACAGAAGAUUGAGACCCAUUUACGAUUAUCUUGACAAUGGCAAUAACAAGAUGGCCAUCCAGCAAGCUGACAAGCUGCUCAAGAAGCACAAAGAUCUCCAUUGUGCCAAGGUGCUAAAGGCCAUCGGUCUGCAGCGCACAGGAAAGCAGGAUGAAGCCUUCUCCCUGGCUCAAGAGGUGGCCAGUCUGGAACCCACUGACGAUAACUCCCUCCAGGCUCUCACCAUCCUCUACAGAGAGAUGCACCGACCGGAGUUGGUGACCAAACUGUAUGAAGCAGCAGUCCGGAAGGUUCCCACCAGUGAGGAGUACCACUCUCAUCUCUUCAUGGCCUAUGCACGUGUUGGAGAGUACAAGAAAAUGCAACAGGCUGGCAUGGCUCUUUAUAAGAUCGUUCCCAAAAACCCAUAUUACUUCUGGUCAGUUAUGAGCCUGGUCAUGCAGGCCAUCUCGGCCCAGGACGAGAAGCUCUCUCAUACGAUGUUUCUGCCUCUGGCUGAGCGCAUGGUUGAAAAAAUGGUCAAAGAGGACAAGAUUGAGGCCGAGGCGGAGGUGCAGUUGUAUUUUAUGAUUUUGGAGCGACUGGGGAAAUACGUUGAGGCGCUAGAAGUGGUGCGAGGGCAGCUUGGAGAAAAGCUCACCAGCGAACUACAGAGCCGGGAAAACAAGUGCAUGAUGCUGUACCACCAGCUAAAGAGAUGGCCUGAGUGCAACGCUCUUUCACGCAAACUGCUUCUCAAAAACCCUGAUGACUGGCAGUUCUACAUAUCCUAUUUUGACUCCUUAUUCCACCUUAUUGACCAGAGUUGGACACCACCAGAAGAAGGAGACCACUGUACGGAGGGUGAAGUACACUGUUCCGUGGACCAGGCCAUUCAUUUUGUGGAGGAACGGCUGGCAGCAGACGACGUUAAAGAGUCUAGACCACUCAGGGGUCCCUACCUUGCUCGCCUGGAGCUGAUACAACGUCUUCGGCGGAGGGACUGUCCUCAAGAACAGCAACUUGGUGAGCCUCCCGAGCUUAUGUUCCAGUACUUUGUGAAAUUUGGAGACAAACCAGGUUGCAUCACGGACCUUAAGAUCUUUUUGGACCUCAUUACACCGGACCAACAUGUCCAAUUCAUCAACAGGCUGAUGGAGGCGGUACCCCUCAAGGCAUCAGACGAGGCUGGUGCAGCCCUCCCGGAAGACACGCGGUCCCUGCAGAGGCACCUGUGUGUAGCUCAGCUGGGUCGCUGCCUGGGCCUGAAUCACAAACUUGAUGCUGAUGGAAAAUUGGCCCUCAUCCAGGAGCUCAAACUCCACUAUCAUCAUGGCUUACAGUUCGGGAAGUCCUGUCUAAAGACGGAACUGCAGUUUUCUGACAUGUACUGCCUUAUGGUUGCUCAUGUCUACGUAGACUUGUGGCUUGAAACAGGUGAUGAGCACAUUUUGUGGCAGGGUAUAGGAAUGCUAGAGGAAGGCCUUUUGCACAGCCCGUCCAACGCCCAGUUUAAGCUGCUACUCCUGCUCCUUUACUGCCGUCUGGGCGCCUUCGAGCCUGUCGUAGACCUUUACUCCAGCCUGGAUGCCAAACACAUUCAGCACGACACCAUAGGAUUCUUACUGACUCGCUAUGCGGAGUCCUUGGGCCAAUAUGCUGCUGCUUCUCAGUCCUGUAACUUCUCCCUCAGGUUUUUCCAUUCAAACCAGAAAGAUACCUCAGAAUACAUUAUUCAGGCGUACAAAUACGGGGCAUUUGAGAAGAUCCCGGAGUUUAUUGCCUUUAGGAAUCGGCUCAACAACUCGUUUCACUUUGCUCAAGUGCGCACAGAGAGGAUGCUGCUGGACCUUUUCCAGGAAGCAGACAUAUCAUCUACUUUAGAGGAUAGUGUGAAGUCCAUGUUUCUUUGUUCUGAAGAUGAUGACAUUCCUUGGGACAACAUAAGGGACAAUAGAGAUCUUACUGUAUUUGUCAGCUGGAAUCCAAAAGACCGGGAGCUGAGUGAGGAGGACAGGCAGCGCUCUUUGGAAGAGGAGCUCUUGUGGCUGAAGAUACGGUCUCUUACCCUGAGACUGGUAGGCUGUCUCUCCACAAUGUGCCACCCUCCAUCACUGCACAACUCUGAGAAAACGACAGAGAACGGGGUGUGUGCCAAACCCUCUGCCAUGCAGCCGCUGCUUUCCCAGCUGGAAAGUGCGCUUAGCCAGGCAGCUCAGUUCAUUGACGCACACUCACAGAAGCACUACCCAUUGCUUGGUCCCCCCUCCACUCGGUUGGCACAGGCGCUGGCCUGUGGUAGUUGCCAGUGCCAGUUGUCUAUCCUUCAGCUGCCCGUCCACCUGCAGGAGUUGGAAGUUGCUGGCCUAGAUCAGUCGACGGAGCUUCAGGCUCAGAUAUCAAACGUCUUCAAAACAUUAACAGUACAAUUUCAAGAUAUGUUGAACAAAUGUAAGGGCGACUUGUUGGUAGUCAAAGACAGCCGAUGCAAGACGCAGCCUGUUCUAUUAGAAAAUCUAGUUUUCUUUGUUGAGACGAUUUGUGUAGUACUAUGGGUGUCCAAUUACUGUGCCAGCAUACUGCGGCCACUUAAGUCCAGUUUACAGAAGAAAAAGAAGAAGAAAAAGGACACCAGUGCAGUAAUGCCAGUGGUGAUCUCCAGUUUCCAGGAAUUUACCAGCAGCUUGCAGAAUCUUCUAAGCCAGUCUCAAGAUCACAUUAAAGAUCAGGAGAGCAGGCUAACAGCCCUAAAACUAGAGAAUCUCUCUUUGGAGGGAGUCAUCCAGACCAAGGAGGAGGAGAGCUUCACCAAGACUGUGAUGGAUAAAGUGCAGAGUAGCUACUUGCGCUCUCUGCAGGAGGUUGGGGAGCUGCUGAAGAAACGAAGCGACAGCCUCAAAUCGCAGAAGAUCUGAGAGUCUGGCACCUCUCCAGAAGACAGUCCACUCACGCUCUCCGCUGUUCCUCUUUCAUCAUACCGUCUUCACCCACAGGCUGGCUUCUGCACAACCAUCCGUCUUGCUGCGCCCUAAACCACCAAUCAAGUGAAUUCAGAUGAUCCUGAAACUCCAGCCAGCUGCAUAGCAAACCAAUAAGCAAUUUUAGAAGAGCUGCUCUAUAAAUUAUUGUACAUAGCGUGGGGAUUUGCUCCAACUCUGAAUUAAAAUGAAUUGCUUUGUCCUUUUCGCCCGCCCCGUUGUCGUCUCUCUGUUAGUAGCGGUCGCCUCUCUACCCACCGUCCUUUCCGGUCGAUCGUAACGAAACUAUGCCAGCGCAUAUCUGUCAACUUUCCACAGGUGCGGUUUUGAUCCCAGGUCUUCUCGUUUGCACCAAAAAAAAAAAACUUCACAAGGCGGUAAUGUAGCCAGUUUUGGUGCAGUUCAGUGACUACGCUGCUGAUAGUGCUUCGGUUCGAGUGCUGGUUUGUAGUAGAAUAUGUGAUGGAGUGUUGGGAUUGGCUUGCAUUCGCUACAGGCUUGUCUUCCAGCUGGAUGAGUGACAGUUGCUUCAGUGACUUGGUUCUUUUUCGGUUUUGUUUAGUUUUUUUUUUGUAUUGAUACAAAUGAGCGUAAACAGGGAACUGAAUUCAUGUGCGUUUAUAUUUGAAUUAACUUCAAACCUGUUCUAAUAACACUCAAACCAUCCACACGGCAAGAUGUAGCCCUACUACUCGGUGGUUUGUUUCACCAACAGAAGGAAGAAUCUGUGGGCAGUAGAACCGAGUGCUGCACGUAUGGAUGCUCGUACAGUAACGUUUGGAUGGUCCGACAGUCCUGUUGUGUUAAAAAACGUUAAAAAACGAGACAAACCCUU